AUGGACUCUGGCCCCGAAGAUCAUCAAGCUCAGCCUUUGUAUCCAAUUUCAAAUGAGGAUUACAAUGCUGCUGAGAUUCUUCUGAUGCUUGAGGACUCAAACCCAUUAGAAGCUGCAACGAAAAGUCUCCAUAGCCUCACAUAUGAAGCUCUGAGGCUAGCCAGAGAGCAAGAAGAUGGAUUGCAGGCAGAACUAGAAGAUCCACUUGUUGAGCCAGAGUUUUCCAACCAUGUGCAUGGCGCUGGAGAAAGUCUGCCGCCGCCCGAAAUAAACCUUAUACUGAAUGCCAUGAAGCCUGGCCCAGAAGAUUAUCAAGCUCAACCUUCGGAUCCAAUUUCAAAUGAGGAUUACAAUGCUGUUGAGAUUCUUCUAAUGCUUGAGGACUCAAAUCCAUUAGAAGUAGCAUCGCAAAGUCUCCAUAGCCUCACAGAUGAAGCUCUGAGGCCUGCCUCAGAGUAAGAAGAUCGAGUGCAUGCAGAACUAGAAGCUUCAAGUCAGCAAUUCAACCCUAUAAAGUGUUGUGGCCAACCACCAAACGGUACACCCAAAAUUGAAAGCAACCAAGAACAGGACACAAAAGAUGGUCCCAGCAAAACAUAUGAAUUACCAGAAGGAUGGGUGAUGGACUGUAUAGUGGC